AUGGGCAAGCUGCUGAUCCUCACUGGUGUGGCCCUCCUGCUGCAGCUGCAGCUGGGCUCAGCUGUCAACAUUGUCUGCUACUUCACCAACUGGAGCCAGUACCGCCCCGGGAUUGCCCGCUAUAUGCCCGAAAAUGUGGACCCCUGCCUUUGCACCCACAUCAUCUAUGCCUUUGCCGGCAUGGCCAACAACCAGAUCAAGACCAUCGAGUGGAAUGACGAGGCCCUCUAUGCUGGCAUCAACAAUCUCAAGACCUACAACACCGAGCUGAAAACCCUACUGUCUGUCAGAGGCUGGAAUUUUGGAACUCAGGGAUUCUCUGAUAUGGUUGCCACUGCUGCAAACCGCCAGACCUUCAUCCAGUCAGCCAUCCAAUUUCUGAGGAAGUACAACUUUGAUGGGCUGGACAUUGACUGGGAGUACCCUGGCAACCGUGGCAGCCCAGCAGACACGCAGCAGCUCUUUACUGUCCUGUUGAAGGAAAUGUAUGAGGCUUUUGAGCAAGAAGCUACUCAGAGCAACAAGCCCCGACUCCUAAUUUCCGCUGCUGUGUCUGCCGGCAAAAGCACCAUUGAGACAGCCUACCAGAUCCCUGAGAUGUCCAAGUACAUGGAUCUCAUCAACGUGAUGACUUACGACCUGAGGGGCUCCUGGGAGGGCUUUACUGGAGAGGACAGUCCUCUGUUUGCUGGACCCAAGGACCAGGGUGACUACAUCUACUUUAACGUGGACUAUGCCAUGAACUACUGGAAGAACAAUGGGGCCCCUGCUGAGAAGCUGAUGGUCGGGUUUGGUGCCUAUGCCCGGACCUUCACCCUCACCAACCCCUCCAACCAUGGCCUGGAUGCUCCCACCUCUGGUCCUGGGACUGCUGGACCCUACACCCAGGAGGCUGGAACCCUUGCUUACUUUGAGGUCUGUGGCUUCCUGAAAGGGGCCACCAAGGUGUGGAAUGCCCCUCAAGAGGUUCCCUAUGCCUACAAAGGAAACCAAUGGAUUGGCUAUGACAAUCCCAAGAGUUUCACUAUCAAGGCAGACUGGUUACUAAAGAACAAUUUUGGAGGAGCCAUGGUCUGGGCCAUUGACCUCGAUGACUUUACUGGCACUUUCUGUGGACAAGGCAAAUACCCACUCAUGAAUGCCAUCAAAUCUGCCUUGGGUGUCUCCACUCCCAGUUGCCGAGUGCCAACCUCUACUCUGGGCACAAGCAUUGCCCCCAUCGUCACAGCAGCCCCUGGUGGUGGCAGUUCAGGAGGCAGCGGGUUCUGUGCUGGCAAGUCCAAUGGCCUCUAUGCAAAUCCCAAGAGCAAGAAUGCCUUCUACAACUGUGUGAAUGGGGUGACCUACGAGGAGGCUUGCCAGGCUGGCCUGGUCUUUGAUAGCAGCUGCUCGUGUUGCAACUGGUCAUGA